AUGCAAUUCAUGAGAAACAAUCAAAAGAAUGCCGCCAUGGCAGUUCGAUUCAUGUCGAGUGCUGCCACAAAGCCAAAAAAGCAACCCAAACUACCUCGCUAUUCCCCACAAAACCAGCAAAUUCUGGAUGACAUGAUGAUCCCUGGUCCUGCUCUGCGGUUUUUUAAGACAAAGAAAGAGAGAAGAAGACCAAACGGUGAUAGCUUAACAACAUCUACUAGCAUUGAACAGCUGUAUACCACACCUGCUCGACUUGUUAAUUACAAUGAAUUCGACUCUGCACCCAACAUCCCACAACAACGAUUAGCAGAAAGGUUGCAAAGAGCCAUUUCAACCAUGUACUCUACAGAAGUGAUGCCAAGUCAAUGGGUGACUCCGGGCCAUGUUACAAUUCGAGGUGUCAAAGUGUCGAGAAACUUGAGGAAAUGUCGAGUACUAUACGAACCAUCAUCCACAGUGAAAAAGGAGCGGGGCAAUGUACACAGAGCAUUGCAGGAUUAUACACCUUUACUAAGCUCCAUGAUUCGAAACCAUGCGCAACUGAAACGUCCGUUAUCGCUUAAAUUUGUGUCUGAUUCUCAGGCAAAAGAGAUGGAGGACGUAUUUGAGAAGCUGAUGGCAAUGGAAAAAGAAAAGCAAAAAGAAGAGGAAGACACUUUAUUAAAGUAA